GAAGUAGCGCAGCGUGUGUGCGUCACACUGGGAGGAGCGCACAGCAAGCUGGUAAACACACCGACGAUGCUGCAACUGGAGACCACCUAAACACGGGUGAUAUGCGCGUUUCACUUCAGUCUUCGCUCUUCACUUGAUCACCGAUUACACACACCGGCCGUCGGGCGGUGCAGGAUGGCGACAGGCGGCGGUGCGCCCGCUGCGCCUCACCUUGAAGGGCAUGCGUCCAAUUACACACAGCCUGGCGCGGCCAUGAACGCGGCGGCGGCGAAUUCCGCCGCGUCUGCCGCUGUGAUCCCCGCUCCCCCUGCAGCCGCAGCGGCCGCAGCGGGGGGCCUUCACCGGGAGCCCAUGUACAACUGGCAGGCCACCAAGAGCUCCCUGAAGGAGCGCUUCGCCUUCCUUUUCAAUAACGAGCUGCUGAGUGACGUGAGGUUCGUGGUCGGUAAGGGCAGGCAGGCCCAGAGGAUCCCGGCGCAUAAGUUCGUCCUGGCCGCCGGCAGUGCUGUGUUCGAUGCCAUGUUCAACGGCGGGAUGGCCACCACGUCUGCGGAGAUAGAGCUGCCUGAUGUGGAGCCUGCAGCGUUUCUGUCGCUGCUCAGGUUUCUGUACUCCGACGAGAUCCACAUCGGGCCGGAGACGGUGAUGACAACGCUGUACACUGCGAAGAAGUACGCGGUGCCAGCCCUGGAGGGGCACUGUGUAGAGUUCCUAACUAAGCACCUCCGGGCGGACAACGCCUUCAUGCUGCUCACCCAGGCCAGGCUGUUCGACGAGCCUCAGCUCGCCAGCCUCUGCCUGGACACCAUCGACAAGAGCACCGCGGACGCCAUCAACGCAGAGGGGUUCACGGACAUCGACCUAGACACUCUGUGCGCGGUGCUGGAGAGGGACACGCUGGGCAUCAGGGAGAGCCGUCUGUUCGGGGCGGUGGUGCGCUGGUCCGAGGCCGAGUGCUUCAGGCAGCAGCUGCCGAUCACUGCGGAGAACAAGCAGAAGGUUCUGGGCAAAGCCCUCACCCUCAUCCGCUUCCCGCUCAUGACCGUGGAAGAGUUCGCGGCAGGGCCUGCCCAGUCUGGAAUAUUGUUCGAUCGGGAGGUGGUAAAUCUGUUUCUCCACUUUACAGUAAACCCCAAACCGCGGGUUGAGUACAAUGACAGGCCCCGCUGCAGUCUCAGGGGAAAGGAGUGCAGUAUUAGUAGAUUCCAGCAGGUUGAGAGUCGAUGGGGAUACAGUGGGACCAGCGACCGCAUUAGAUUUAAUGUCAAUAGAAGAAUAUCAGUAGUUGGGUUUGGCUUAUACGGUUCAAUACACGGACCCAACGACUACCAGGUCAACAUUCAGAUCAUCGAGAGUGAUAAGAGCCAGACGCUGGGCCAGAACGACACGGGCUUCAGCUGCGACGGCACGGCCAGCACCUUCAGGGUCAUGUUCAAGGAGCCCGUGGAGAUCCUGCCCAACGUCAGCUACACCGCCUGCGCUACGCUGAAGGGUCCGGACUCCCACUACGGUACCAAAGGUCUGAAGAAGGUGAGCCAGGAGUCGGGGCCCGGCCCCAAAACCACCUUCUUCUUCUUCAGCUCGCCAGGCAACAACAACGGUACCUCGGUAGAGGACGGCCAGAUCCCCGAGAUCAUUUACUACAUCUGAUGUCCACCAGGGCAGUGCAGGGCAGGGUGGGGGCAGCCCACCCAGGGGCCUCUGUGCCGGUGGGGGCUGCAGGGCUAGACAGACCCUGGCUCUCCACAUCCAUGUGGACGGUUCCAGAGUUGUGUGUUUCUACUUGUGGAUGGGAUGCUAUGUCUAACUGUAGUGUUCUCCCCAAUCAUCUUCUUUUGAUUGUAUUUUUUUGUCGAUGUAUGUUCAUUGUUUCGUUUUUUUAUAUCAUGCAAAACUAGUCACAGAAACACGGGAUUUAUGGGUGACGAGGUUUAAUUUGCUUUAGUUUAAGGGCCAGUGGGAAUUUGCAGGUGAUGAAUACUUUGGUUUUAGGUUGGAGGUGAAAUUGAUUGUUUGCUGUAGACUUGUCAUUAUUACUCAAAGGCACGACCAGACAGCCAAGGUACAUGUGUAGUUUAUCUCUUUAAAUCUUCAUAUACACUCAACAUUGCCUUGUCUUAUUCUUUUGGAUCGUCUUUGCAGACCAGCUCAGAAGCUCUGUAGACACGUUUUCUUUUUUUAUAUGUGCACCAGCAGCAUCACUCAUUCAGCUGUAGUUUAAGUGUUUUUUAGUCCAUGGAUGCAGCUCAAUGUGUAUAUACUGGUACGAGAUUGCUUGUGGUACAAACUAAUUUAUGAUGCCAUAUUGUUUUCUAAGCACUUAAAAUGUAAUAAAACCAUCUUUGACACUUUAUUUUUGCAAUGAGCAAUAUUUUUAUCAAAUAUAAACAACCGAGUUUAGUUUUCCCUAUUUAAUUGCUGAAGAGCUG